GUGACGUGGAGAACUAUGGCCACGAUAAGCAGACGUCCUGGAAAACUUUACCAACUACGAGAAUAGUUGUGACUACAUAUUUGGAUAUGUCACGUUAGCGAAUUUAAUACCGGUGGCCCCACAUUUUCGGUUUCAACUUAAUGAAGCAAGUUUUUCAUCUAGGAAACAGCGCGUCGCUCAUCGGCUAGCUCGUUAGCUAUCAGGAACUGCCUCUGCUGUAACAAUUUCUGCCUCAAAUCAACUUUAUGCAAGUCAAACAUCGUAUUAUCACCGGAGUGUAAACAUGAAAAGGACUAAGAGAGACUUGACAGACCGCCGUUGACGUUUACUGUACGGAAACCGCCGUAGUUAGCUUGCUAACAUUAGCCCGUCGGCUGAGCCGGGACAAUACCAGAACUGUCAAAAUGUGCUCCCUGCUCCGAAGUGAAGAGAUGUGUCUGGCCCAGCUGUUUCUGCAGUCUGGGUCAGCAUACGACUGCAUCAGUGAACUUGGAGAGCUGGGGCUUGUUGAGUUCAGAGACCUCAAUCCCAGUGUUAACGCAUUCCAGCGAAAACAUGUCAACGAGAUCAAAAAAUGUGAAGAGAUGGAGAGGAUCCUGGGAUACCUUCUGAGGGAAAUCAAGAAAGCAGACAUUUCACUGCCAGAAGCAGAUGUGAACCCAGUGGCUCCUUUACCCAAGCACAUCAUGGUUAUAAUGGAGCAGCUACAGAGGCUAGAACUGGAGUUGGGUGAAGUCACCAGGAAUAAAGAGAAGCUGCAGAAGAACCUGCUGGAGCUGACAGAGUACACACACAUGCUGCGCAUCACCCGCAACUUUGUGCAGAGAACCUCUGAGCGAGAGCCCCUACAAGCACAGUAUGAGGAGUUUCCCUUCCUAGAGAAAGACACAAUGAUGGACUACAGCAGCAUGCAGAGGCUAGGAGCCAAGCUGGGUUUCAUCUCUGGGCUUAUUCAGAGGGUGAAGAUUGAGGCCUUUGAGCGAAUGCUUUGGAGAGUCUGUAAAGGCUACACCAUCCUCAGCUAUGCUGAGGUCGAGGAGUAUUUGGAAGAUCCUGACACGGGUGAGCCCACCAAAAGUGUGGUGUUCCUGAUCUCUUACUGGGGAGACCAGAUCGGCCAGAAAGUAAAGAAGAUCUGUGACUGCUACCACUGUCACUUGUAUCCAUAUCCCAGUAACAACGAGGAGAGGAAUGAUGUUGUGGAAGGACUAAGGACUCGCAUUCAGGACCUGCACACAGUACUUCUUAGGACAGAGGACUACCUUAAACAGGUCCUGAUAAAGGCUUCAGAAUCUGUCUACACCUGGGUCAUCCAGGUCAAGAAGAUGAAGGCCAUCUACUAUAUUCUGAACCUGUGUAGUUUUGAUGUUACCAACAAGUGUCUGAUUGCUGAGGUGUGGUGUCCUGUCAAUGACAUUCCCACCCUGCGGAGGGCCUUAGAAGAAGGAUCGAGAAAAAGCGGAGCAACAGUUCCUUCCUUUGUCAAUCGUAUCCCCACCAGUGACACUCCCCCCACCCUUAUAAGGACCAACAAAUUUACCUCUGGUUUCCAGAACAUUGUGGAUGCCUAUGGAGUGGGCAGUUACAGGGAGGUCAACCCUGCUCCUUUCACAAUCAUCACUUUCCCAUUCCUGUUUGCUGUGAUGUUUGGGGACCUGGGUCAUGGACUUAUCAUGGCUCUCUUUGCUUUCUGGAUGGUGCUGUAUGAGAACAACCGCAAACUUAAAAACACCAGGAAUGAGAUCUGGAACACAUUCUUUGAGGGGCGUUAUAUCAUCCUAAUGAUGGGCCUGUUCUCCAUCUACACUGGCCUGAUAUACAAUGACUGCUUCUCAAAGUCCCUUAAUAUCUUUGGUUCUGGAUGGAGUGUGAACGCCAUGUUCCAAGCGCAGGUGUGGAAGACAUCUGAUCUCCAUGGGAACGGUGUUCUUACUCUGGAUCCAAAUGUUACAGGAGUUUUCAAAGGACCGUAUCCUCUGGGAAUCGACCCAAUUUGGAACUUGGCAUCCAACCGCCUAACAUUUCUGAACUCAUAUAAGAUGAAGAUGUCAGUGAUAUUGGGCAUUAUACACAUGACCUUCGGGGUCGUCCUCAGCACUUACAAUCACUUACACUUUAGGAAAAGGCACAACCUGUACUUGGUGUUUCUCCCUGAGCUCCUGUUCCUGCUGUGUCUGUUUGGUUACCUGGUGUUCAUGAUAUUCUACAAGUGGCUGGUCUUCUCCGCUAAGGACUCCAGACAUGCGCCGAGCAUCCUCAUCCACUUCAUAAACAUGUUCCUCAUGCAGGGUGAUACCGUGCAGCCCCUUUACCCAGGACAGGCUGGCCUGCAGGUAUUUCUGGUGGUCAUUGCUGUUCUCUCAGUGCCUGUCUUACUCCUGGGGAAACCCGUCUACCUUUAUUGGCUUCACAAUGGAAGCCACCGCCUCGGAAUGUACAGGGGAUAUGAGCGUGUACGGCGUAACAGUGAGGAGGAGCUCUACCUGAUGAGGGCUCAAGACAUGGAGGAGGGCAGCAGUCACAGUGAUCUCUCCAGUAGUGGGGAGCACCAGACAGAUGAGUUUGACUUUGCAGAUGAGUUCCUGCAUCAGGCCAUCCACACUAUAGAGUACUGCCUGGGUUGCAUCUCAAACACAGCCUCCUACCUAAGGCUCUGGGCUCUGAGCCUGGCACAUGCCCAAUUGUCAGAGGUGCUCUGGACCAUGGUGAUGCGAGUAGGACUUCGAAUGGACACCGGUCUCGGGGUUUUAUUCCUAGUGCCUGUGUUCGGCCUGUUUUCCGUUCUCACUGUGUCCAUCCUUCUGGUAAUGGAGGGUCUGUCUGCCUUUCUUCAUGCUCUCCGACUCCACUGGGUGGAGUUUCAGAAUAAGUUCUACAGUGGGACUGGGGUCAAGUUUUGCCCCUUUUCCUUCUCUCUCUUGCCCUCCAGCUUUGAGAAUGAUGGCUUACUGUGAAGAGACUAUCUGAUAAUAAUGUUAAGUGGACACCAGAGCCAAAACAAGCCAGCAGGUUUCUGGACUCACACAGACAUAUUCCAGACAUGUCACGGACUGAUUUUGAUUGUCCGUUUCAUCUUUUAAUGAUUUGUCACGUGAAGCAGUUGAAUGGUGAGUUUCACAAACUUUGGACUGAACACUGCCCUCCAAGCUGUUUUAAGAACAGUUUUUUUUGUUUGUUUUUUGUUAUUGCAAAUUUAUGUCACUGAAGGUAUUUUGUACCAGGAUCAGUAUGCUUCACUGCAGAACAUUUUGUGAGGUGAGUGAGUGUGAGUCUCAAACUGUCGAUUUUCUUUUGAGGCAUUAUUUGUAACAGUUAUCACUUGUGUGGGAAACUGCAUCCCCCACACUUAGAAUAAAUAUAAAUUUGAGAUAAGGUAACAGUAAUAAGCAGAUGUUUGGCCCCAGGGUUUCCCUACACAGACAACACUUGAUAGGAUACAUUUAUUGCUGAUUUUGUUUUUUUUUCACAGGAUUUGCUGAUUAAAUAAGGUAAAAGAAAAGAGAACAUCUAUCUUUAUCAUAUCUUUAUUUGUUUCCCUACAUUUCUUCCCUCCUGUAUCAAGUUAUUUUAUCAUUAAUUUUAGCAUAAUUAUGUAUAUUAAUUCAGUUAUUUAGACUUUUUUUUUCCAUACACUGGGUAGUGAGACACCUUUCAGUUACAGAGUUCUUACUAAACUUUUUGCUGCACUGACUGCCUUACCGAAGUACAACCAAAUGACAGCAUACUGUAUCGUUGUUCAAUUUUCCCUUGUAUUCCCACUUUGUAGUACCCAAACACUGCAAAGGAUCUUGACUUUUCAGUACUGAAAAGUGCACGGGCAGGUGUGUGAUAAUGAUGUAUAUACUUUUGCAGAAUUAUUUUUUUAAUUUAUUAUAUUUUAAAAUGUGUCAUCAGAAUUAAAGACGAAUGUUAAUAGGG